GACGUACUCGCUGGUUUUACGACGGUGUGCUUACACAAUGACAAUUUCCGUCAGUUUGACUUGCAAACCGUAGUCGUGUUGAUCUAGCGUUUUAUUUUCGCUUUUGUUUCUCCUCAAACGUCAGUUUCAUCGAACUGUACUAUCACUCGAUAUCGCUCACAACAGAAGACACGAGGGUAGACAUUUUUUCGGCGUUAAGUACACGUCGUACCUUCUGUACUUAAACUCCGAACUUUCAACUCGAGGCCCACCAGACGAGCUCGAGCGGCGGCUCCGAAAAGUUUGUUGUUGUCACGUGACGCGAGACGAAUGUGGCGAUAAAAGUUCGUUUAAUAGGUAGUUAAACUAGGUGGCGUUCUUCCUUAUCACAGCCUGUUAGAUAUAUUUUUUCACCACAAUGCCUCAACCAAAACAUCGAAAGAUUGCUGUGAUGGGUUACAGGUCUGUAGGUGAGUACAACAUACGAGCUCGUGUACAGCUAGUUUUAGGUUGCUAGCUGGCUAACAUGCUAACGUCCUGGCUUUGUUUUCCACUUGAGUGUAUCCGACUAACAUCUGUAACCAUGUUUGUCUUUUCUUCAUGUUUUUGUGUUUGAUUGUUUGUAGUUAAUUGCCAAACCACACAACGAAAGACGUUAUUUCUGUUUAUAACUGAAGCUUUCUGCGAGUAUGUUCAGUGUGUUCAGCGGAAACGUGAAGUUAUCUCAGCCGGUGACAUCCUGGUUUGGUGCCAGAUGUCCUGUGUUGAAAGUUUUGCCCAUAAUUUGAAACAUUGCGAGAAGGAAAUGGUUGAUUGUUUAAAAAUUAGGGUCAUUACAUGAUUGUUAUAGCCUUCAUGUCAUUUCGUGGGCGAUUUUGAACCGAAUUUUACAUCCUAAAACGCUGUGUUAACAAGUCAGAAUAAUGUUGUCCAUGUUUUUUAUUUUAUUCAAUGCUGCCUUAAAUUCAUGAUAAUAAUGUUACAACCUUGUUCUUACUUACAGGAAAGUCAUCUCUUACAAUACAGUUUGUGGAAGGACAGUUUGUUGACUCUUAUGACCCCACCAUUGAAAACAGUAGGUGCCAUGACUGUAACAUAACAAAAAUAACGCAGCACACAGUAACAUAAGAGCGAGCUCAAUGCAAAUAUAUGUUCAGAUAAUGUGGUUCAUCCCUCUCCCCAGCCUUUAACAAAAUGGUCAACGUGAAUGGUCAAGACUUUAAUCUGCAGCUGGUUGACACAGCUGGUCAGGUAAGUUGUUCACCUUUUACCAUAGACUGUAUAUACUAUGGACAACUUGGUUCCGCCUCCCAUCAGUAUAAGGACUUGAAGCCAAAAAGCUCUCUGUACUUCCGUGAUUUUUCUUCAUUUCCUGAAACCAGCAUUGCACAGUAGCGUUGUGCGCAUUUGGCGGGAGAGUCACCGAGAGUCGCUGUGAUGACGCUCAGCUCAAACAGCGUAUGCCCCGGGUGAGCUACGCAAUCUUCGUAUGCCCAUAGGCUGUAUCAGGUGUCAAUCAUGGAAAACAUGAACUUCCUAAUAAGUUUUAAAAACGGAGCUGUACAGAAAAAAGAGGACUCCGGUACAAACCAGUCUUACAGUAACUACAUGUCAACAGGGGGGAGAAAAAAUUAUAUUCCGUGUAAUUCAUUUCUAAAGUUUGUCUACAGCCCCAUAAGCUAUGCAGGCGGAGGCGUGAUUUAUGACCUAUACUGCAGCCCGUCAACAGAGGGUGCUGUUCUCAGAGUGGCUUCACCCAGUGAGGAGGCACACGGCGUCCAUUCUAUAUACAAUCUAUGCCUUUUACCACACAAAGACCCUGCUAUUGGUUUCAUAUUUUGUGAAAAUCAACCUUUUUUUAUUGUUGGCAAUUUAUGUCCAAUUUGCAGAUUUCCUGGUCUUCUGUGUUUAUAUUUAAUAAUGUGAAGUACGAGUUUUUUAAAUAACAUGAAUUUCUCUUUUGUCUGUAGGAUGAGUACUCAAUUUUUCCACAGUCCCAUACAAUGGACAUCCAUGGUUAUGUUCUUGUCUAUUCAGUGACUUCUGCGAAAAGGUAAGUAGCUAGUUGUGUUAUCAUAUCUUAAUUUAAGUCAACAUCCAUAAAACAAUCUGUUUUAGGUUAAAAAUGUGUCUUGCAAUCAUCAAUGAUACUAUUUUGUAUUGACAGUCACAAAGUUAACUUUUCAUGAUAAAAUAUUUUAGAGCCACAAAGAUUUACAUGAUUCCACCACCUUGUAUACCAGUGGUGUCAUCUGAUAUGAUAAACUAUCAGUUUUUUUCAAGUACUGCAUCAUAGAGGGCUGUAAAACUACAAUUUUUGUGUGGAUUUAUAGGACUCAACCAGAGUUGCACUGUAGAUUAAAUACGGCUAAAGGAAGUUACAACCUGAGUGCGGUGCCUAAUAUGUACCCUGAUGCUCGUCUCUCCUCAGUUUUGAAGUUGUGAAAGCUCUACAUGACAAGAUGCUGGACAUGGUUGGAAAGAUCCAGUAAGUUCGAUCAAAUAAGUCAAUUGCAGAAUGUACUGUCUCUGUGUGAACAGAGGGGAGGUUUUUACAUCUUUCUGUUUUUUGUCUGUCAGGGUCCCAACUGUUCUUGUAGGGAACAAAAAAGAUCUCCACAUGGAAAGGUAAUCUAAAAAUCAAAUUGCAUAUACUUUUCCUAUCAGCUACAACUUUGCCGUUUUGUCCCAGAUAAUGUCGCAACACUCUUGCACUCACAACUACAAUCAGCUAUCAUGUUUUGAUCUGAUAUAUAUUUUUUAAUUUCAUAAAAAGAGUUUAAGAAAAAAUAUAUUCAUCUCAUCAACCAGUCUGGCUUAAAGAACUCCUCGAUGUUCAAAACUAGUCACACUGUUGGGCUGGACGCAUUUUGUCAUAACUUGUAAUUUAACUGUCUUGCUAAUGGUGCAUUGCCACCAAGGUAUGUGAUUUGGUUCAGUACAGUUUGGUACAGUUAUGCUUGGUGAAACCCUGAACUUUCUUGCACAUCCACAACAAACUGUACCCUAACCUCAAUUUUGGAGUGUGCAUGUAAAAAAAUGAGACCAUUUAGACUGCUGACACGAGCAGCACAUCUCACCCAGUUUUGUCUGUAAGCCUUGUGCAGAUCUCUGCCAAAAAUAAACACAGAAAUAAUAAGCUGGGGGCUGCAUUAGCUGUACCUCUGUACUUAUUUCACACACUUGAAAAGUAAAAAUGUUGAUACUUCAGGAGUAUUUUUUAAACCAAAAGUCUGAUCUACUACAGCCCCCAAAAUCUCUGAGGAUGUACACUUAUAUCUUCAACAUGAAGGCUUUUUUAAUUGUCAAUUUCUGCCACAUGUGAGUACAUACACAGGAAUUGAAAAAGAAAUUUCUCUCCAGCCCACAGUGCACAAAUACAGAGAAUAUAGAAGAAGAAAUUACAAUAAAACUCAAAAGUAUAAUAAUGAGAAAUAUACUCUUUUCUACAGGGUUAUUAAGCCAGAGGAAGGGAAGAAACUUGCUGAUACCAUGGGUGCUGCAUUCAUGGAGUCCUCAGCAAAGGAGAAUGAGGUUUGAAAGAUACCUAUUUGAAAACCAACUUUCCGAUACAUUAAUUAAUAUUUUAUCUGUCACUCAGAUUACAAUUUCUUUCUUUCAAUACAGACUGCUGUAGAGGUGUUUAAGCGGAUCAUUUUGGAGAUGGAGAAAGCAGAUGGAAACGCGCCUCCAGAGGAGAAGAAGUGUGCUGUGAUGUGAAAGUGUAUCCGGGACAUCAGUAAGCUCGUUUGCUGAAGACAGGAGGCACAACUUCACCAGCCAACAAAUCGCGACCUCACAGAUAACAAGACACGGCGGUGGAUUUAUUUUUCUGCUCCAUUGUGACACCAGAUUGAUUUGCAUUGCAAGACAACUGCCCAGACAGUCCUGGACAUAAACCAUCCCACUAGCUGUAAUACCAGGGAGAAGUUUCCAAGUGCUAUAUGAAUCUCUGUUUAAUACAGAGAUGCACUAUCAGCAAACAUGUUCAUCAGGUAUUGUCAUAUAAUCCAUGACUUGGCAAAAUCCCAUUUUUGAGUGAAAUGAAAAAACAACAAAAAAGCAUUGACCAAUCCCUUUGAAUAAUGUUUAAUAUUGUAAAAAAUUAUUCUGAUGAUAAAGACAAAACUGGUUAAUGUUUCAUUACUUUGAUCAGUUGAACUAAUUUACAGUAAGGGCCUGUUAAUCUGUUCAAAGACUGGGAUUAUUUCAGCAGAUCUGUUAUGACGGCAAUGGACGGUCACAGUACACAUUGCUUUAAAUGUGUUGUAAAAUGUCUGUACUUCUCACCAAUGGUGGAUUUCCAAACCCCCCAGGAAUGAGAUUUUACACAUGAAAUCACACUGUGAUUUCACUGUAAUUUUUACCAACUUAUCUUCAGGUACCUUUCACCUAUGAACCCUGGAACUGUGUCGUCACAAUGGAUGAAUCUGCUUGUGUAUCUCAAAAACGCACAUUUUAUGAUAAGAUCUUUGUUUCAAGUAACUUUAAUUUUUCCUCAUUGACUGUAAUGAAGAUGAUGUAUUGUAGACAACCCUCAGAGAUUUAGUAUAGAUAUAAAUAGAUCUUUGGUAAUUACCAGUUACGGCCUUUUAUACAGUUUAACUAGAAUAGUAGAAAUUGGUUUAUAACUAUGCGCUAUAUGCUGAGUGGUGCAGGUUUGCCCUCCCUUCAAGUCCUCUAGUAUAGUGUAUAGUCAGAAUUGCAUUAUAAUUAUGAACAUUGCUGAGUUGUAAUGUUUGCAUUUGAACAGUAAAGAACUAUUUAAGUGGCUGGAGAAGACAAAAUUAGCCUUGUAAUUUUGAAUCAUGGUUUGGAUUUUAUGGAUUAUACAAGCUAUGCCAAACAAAGCCAGGCUGGCAUGCUGUCCAUUUAAUUGAUCCUCUGGAAUUGUGUGAUACCUGUCAGAUGCUUGAGAUCCUAAAUGACUUAUUUUUCUAUAGCUCCUUUAGCCUUACAGAGACAUGGCACAAAGUGGAUUUUUCUUCAUACUCCUGGUGUACCUGUAGUGAGUAAUUGUAACUUUUUUUUUCUAUCAAGUGCUUUACUGAAUAGGUAGAUAUAUGGGUGAUAUUUUAUGGUUGAAGAGAAACUGGUGAUGCUGUGUCUUGUGCCUUACAGUUCUUCAAACUCCCUCAUCUGCUGCCCUUUAUGGCUCAAGGUGCUCUUCAAGGAUUUUUUUCUUUCCCUCCUUCUAUUGACUUGAUACUUUGGUGCAGGUGGUAUUGUUCACCUGAAUACCAUAAUACCCUUGAGGGUCAAUGUUAAUUCAGAAGUCUUGCUGUAAACAGUUUUGUAUAUAAAUAAAUCUGUUACUCAUCUGAUAUGUAGAUUUUUUGUGGUACUAUUUAGCAAACAAAAAAAGGUCCUCUAGGAGAUAUAACAGCACAGAAAAUGGAAAGAAGAUGGUCUGUUAGACUUUAACAUCUACUAGCCGUUACACCAUGGACAAUCAUUGCAAACCAGUUCAACAGCUUUAGCAUCAACUGUACUUUGACCAAGCCUCAACAUUUUCAAUUUUCAUUUACGCUCAGGCAGAAGAUACAUGUCCUGUAAAUUAAUUGAAGUUGUGUUGGGUGUUGGUAUACUGGAGUGCCUGAUAUUACUCGUAGUUUGCUCACCUCGUGUUUGUUUACUGGAUGAAUUACAGUAAUUGAUCAUGUCAACAAAAACUGAAAAUGUUGAAGCUUUUGAUAGAAUUUCUGUGUAACUCCUCAUUCACAUAAAAUAACAGUUGGGGAGAGUGGGGUAAGAUGAGCCCUUUUUCAUAUUUGGGAUCCCUACAUCAAGGCAAUCAUAGUUUUGUCUCUAACUAGUGUAUCUGCAUAUAUUUCAAGAUGUUGUGCAUCCCUGCAAACCAACAGAAUGAGUGUAAACAGAACUGUCUUGAUAAUAUAGCAUGCCAAAAAAAGUGGUCUCCUAUGGUCAACUUACCCCGUGUAUGGGGUAAGUUGACCAUAUGAGCGGGGUAAGUUGAGCCGUAUCCCUACGACCCUCCCACUCUCCACCCCAGCCCUCCCUCACCUUGUCUCUCCCUAAAUAACAGUCACUUCUUCACAUUCAUGAGUAUUUUUAUCUAUUAUAGACUAUUCGACUGGUGCAAUAAUUCUUUUUAUUAUUAUUGCAUAUAACUGCUUAAAAGCUGUUUUGUAAAAAGUCAUUUUAACAUGAGAAUGUCUUUAAGUGAUUCAGAACAUUCACAGCUGUAUUUUUGAAAAGAAAAAGUAACACAUUUCAACAAUCUGAACUGAAACUCUGAUCCUCUCAUCAGACUUCUUUACUUUCUCAGUUAAACCACUGGCUCAACUUACCCCAGAACUACUAUUAUGACUUUAUUAGUCCUCUAAGCUAAAAUGGUGCGUUUAUGCUCAGUUUUAGACCUCAUGCUGUAGCUCAUAGAUACCCCAAUUGAUGUAUAAAACAAAUUUAAAAUGAUCUUUUUUGGUCUGAACACAAUUCUAAUAAAACUUUUGACAGACUAAAUUCACUUUCAAGAGUGAAAAAUGUUUUUUUUUGUAAAUAAAUGUUUAACCCCUUCA